CCACCACGUGAGCAGAAGCAGCACAACCAAGAGCCAACAGAGCAACGCCCAGGCACAAACGACACGAACCAGGCAACCAGCUGCCGAGGGAGGAACCCUAGCGGAACAGGUGACGGCGGCGCGCUACCGGUGACGGGGGAUACGGCGGCAUCGUCCCCCUCGGCCCCUCCUCCAUCCCCGGCGCGGCGGCGCCAGCAGCCGGCCUGCAGGUACGGUCUCCAGAAUCCAGAUUCAGAGCUUAGCUUGUCCCUGUUUUCUGGUGUGCUCUGUUGUACCGUAGCAUGUAGUUAUGGGCGUAUGGCUGUUGGCCUGUUGCUGCCCAUGUCCAUGUUUGUUGGUUUUCAGUUUUACUUAGAUGCUGAAAGCCUGAAACCUUCCAGUGAUUAUUUGCUUCAUGUUGUAGUAUGGCUGUUGGCCUGUUGCUGCCCAUGUCCAUGGGCGUAUCACGUAUGGCUGUUUGCCUUGUUGAAAGCCUGAACCUGAAGCCUACAUAAAAAAAAGCACUGUCAAUUCUACUGGAUUAGUUUUUUUAGCGGAAAAGCAUGUGAGUCAAAGAUGCAACAACUAAAGGCUGAAGGGAUUAAGGAUAGGUAAAAUCUGAGAUCACAUUAGAGUAGACAAUGAGACAUUGAACCUGCAAAGGAGCAUUGAAAAUUAAAGUGUGUGAAAUACUACACUUCGGACUUAAGGAAAGAUAACAGUUCAGUUAUACUUACUGCUGCUUUUAUCACUUGUAUCUGCAUAGAUUAAGAGAAAAAAAAAUCAACUCAGUCAAUAUUGGAGCCAACAACACAAAAAGGACAUACUUAAUUGUGCAAAAUUGACACUUAAUUCUACUGUAUUUGCCAAUAAAUUCUACAGAUCUCUACCAUAAGAUCAUUAUUAGGAUUCUAAUACUGAUAUGUUGAGAAAUCAUAUGUUGAUAUAAUUCUCAUUGAUUCCAUGUGUCUGGAGACAGUUGCUCAUUGAUUAAACAUUAAAGAUUAAAAAGGUUAAAACUAAAUUAGUUCAUAUAAAGCAUUGUUCCUGGGUAGAUGGAAUGAAGGAUAAGAUAUGUACAAACAGUUAUAACUAGGAUUUAACAUGGGUUUAAAAACAUAUUGCGUGGCAUAUCUAUUUGGAAGCUAAAGGGAGAGAACACUCAUGGUGCCAGUUUAUCUUGAUGGUAUCAUCACUCAUUUUAAUCAACUUAAAAUUCUCUAGAUUCACCAAUUAUUUUUGGAGUGCCAAUUUAGACACAAUAAGGACCAGUACCUUUUCUUCUAGGUGAAAGAUGAUGGUAACAGAUUAUUUCGCAGUGGAAAAUUAACAUCUCGUAAUUUUAAAACAAGCAUCAAACUAAUUUCCCUUUUUCAGUCAAAUGUUAACAGAUGAUUUUGUAAUGAACAAACUUUAGUUAGCCUCCAUAGUCCAUACAUGCAAUUUCUAGUCUAAGCACAUCAAAAAGAUGAAACAAUGUGAUACUUCCAGAUGCAUGGCAAACAAAUCCUGAUGGAAGAUGAUAGAAGUCGCAGAAAAGCUGUUUACAAUAGCUAACAUUGGAAAUUCUGACCAUCCUUUUGGCCUUUCGCUAAAUUUAAGCAUAUAAAUAGAUAUGGCAAAAAACCUUUCUGAAGAAGCCAACCAACCAUAAUAUAAAAUCAUCAACAUCUGCAUCAUUUGAGAGACAAAGGCAGACUUCAGUUCCACUGUGUUGAGAAACAAAUCCAAGAUUUAAUCAAUCAAGGUAUUCAUUUGGUUACAUCAAACUAACAACAGACAGCCUACCUGAAUCGUGCAUGAUUUCUGUAUGUGGUAGCCAGCUUGCUCAAUCUUGCACUUGAUAUCUCUUCUUGAAGAUUAAUUCGAUAACGAUAAAUGGCUUCAUCAUUGAUUCCUACAGAUAUAGGCAAGAAAUCAUCAAUGACUAUUCACAAUAUCACAAAUGAAACAAAAACAACCUUCUCAGAUGCAUUUUUGCCAUUUGCAUGCAUUGCAAUAUGCAAUUGAUAGAGACUAUGGUAGCGACUUGUACACCCAAAACAAUGUGCUCAACUGCUAAUAAUUCCUUCAUCUAAAUAGAUAUAAGUAGGUAGUAGAAACUAUGAUGUACUAUUCUACUGUAUAAUUCUUUGUGUUUUGCCAUUUAGCACUUGCAAAGUAAGAGAAAAUGUAAACAAAACUACACUACAAAAGAAGAAAACAGACAAAGAGAAAGAGGAAAAAAAGCAUGAAUAACAAAUGAAAGUAGUGAGGAAAUCAAGAUAAGAGCAAAUUUGAGAGAAUCAUGGUGAGAGUCCGAACAUAGAAUGCUCCCAUCUUUAUAUGAUUCAAUAUAUCUGUUUGUUACCAUCGCUAUCAAGUUCCACAGUUUUUUGUCAGAUGAAUUCUCAAGAUACCAACUUGCUCUGUUGAGAAGAGGACCAGCACAACCAAGCAAGCAAUUUCGAAUAGCUAAAACUAAUGAACUCCUAGCAAAGUCAGUACUUCUCAUCAAUCGGUAUCCAUAAGACCAUAACACAAACAGAACACUGAAGUAUACCAUGCAGUGAAACAGAAAACGUACCAGUAGUUGUGAUUAAGAGUGUGCCAUCUGCAAGCAGAUAGAAACCACAUAAGACAGAGGAAGAUGAACAGAAAACAAUAACUAUUCCAUUUCUGUUGUCCAAGUCAUUGUCAAACCAAAGUUGGUAGUGUCAGUGAAGAACAUUUGACCACCUUACCAUCAGACAACCUUUAAUUCCGGAUGUAUUAAUAUUAUUAUAAACAAAUUUGACCACCUUACCAUCAGAAAACUUAAAGGUGACUACUCAUCGUUUGAAAAAAAAAACUAGACCAACCUAGGAUGAACUAUGUGGCUUUAUCUUAACAUUAAGAAGAAAACAUGCGACCAAAUUUGCCUGACUUAACCUGGGUGUUUUGGACAUACAUCCACACCAACAAAUCCAACUUCCUACUAGUAACUGAGAUGUUUUUUCAAGCAUCAGAACCGAACUUUUUAAGGCAAUCUGGAAGAGCAGGGGAGCAUCACAAUAUCACAUACCCCAUUUCUCUACUGGAGUCUCACGCGCCAGGGCAUCAAGCUCCAGGAACUCCUUCCAGUUUGCUCCCCACCCACGUAUCCGAAACUGUGACAGUCCACCAAAUGUUUAAGCAGUAAACUAAUGUUAGAAGCCCUAGAGGGCGAUGUAAUAAUAAUCAGGAUUAAGGAUGGAGCACCGCCGCAGGCUAUGUUACCUGAGACGCGCAGCGGCAAGGAGCCUGGUGGGUUCAGCGGGAGUUUUUUGCUAUUAUAGUAUUGGUUUUAUUAGGCUUCUCUCUUUUAGUACUUCUAAUUUAAUCUUCUCUGAAAUAGUAUUCAUAUUUUGAUCUAUCCUUUAAAAUAGUAUUUUAACCUUUUUUAAUCAUUUUUCUUUUUUUCUUAUUUCUCACUAUCUAAAUCGAUCAUAAUCCCCUCUCUCUUUGUUCUCUCACUCUCCAACCCGCGACUGAACACGUCGUCCAUGCGAGCGCCCAGUCAUCUACCUGCUACGCUUCUGGGCUCCUCGUGAUUCACCUGCGCAUCAUCCGUGCCUAGAAAACCAGCCGCCGAAGCAGAUAGAUGAACCGAUGAAGGCGGACGCUGUCGCAGGCUCGCGCCCCAGCCUCGCUUUAUAAUGGAUCCCAACAUGAAGCAGCUUCAAGAGGCUCUGGUUGAUAUUGAGACUGAUGCAGAAAAAGUUCUUCUGGCUAGACAUCAGUUGGUGGAAAAUGAUAAGAUAAGAAAUGGUAACAGGGAGGCUCUGACAGCCCUUCGGAAACAAGCUAGGACGUCCAAGACUAGCGUGCCAUCUCCCUUUGAGGUCAUAAUGAAAGAGAUGGAAGGAAGCUCUGGCAAGCAGCUGAUAAAGGAGAUAUGCCCAACUUGUGGAGAUCAUGACCCCAAGGAACAUACUUGGCUAAUGUUUCCUGGAUCAGAUAUGUUUUCUCGUGUUCCAUUUCAUGUGGCACACACUGUUGUGGAAAAAGACCAAGAACGCCUGGAUUUGGAUACCAAGAAACUGCAAAGCUUUGUCAAGGAGAAAUCACUUGUGAUUGCGGAGAAAGGCGCCCUAGCAGGCAGAUUCGGUGCUGACACUGUAAAAUCUUUGGUCAGCCUUACAGACACAACUAAAUCAACACGGGAGGGCGGGGAGGUGAAGUACCAGUUUUGUUGAGUCGUCAACUGUUCAGCCACAAUAUAUUUCUUGGAUAUCCGGUGUUUGUUCGGUAUAUCCCCUGCCGGAAGGGAUUGAAGGGGAUUGGUGUUGUUUAACUCAAUUACCUGCAGUCCACACCAAACUGAACAAGGCUAUAUGUAUAGAUUUUCUUUGCUUUUGUUUGGAACAAAAUUUUGCAUGGUUGUUAGCAAUUGCGAAAAAAUUGUUCUCGAUUGAUGUGUGUAUUCUUAUUUGCUGUGAGAUUGUGGCAUAGUCAGUGUGUAGUUCCUGAUGAUGAGCUGGGUGUAGUCAAAGGUUCUCAAUCUGUAGUAGUCAUGUUUGAAACUGAAGUAAAGGUGGGUGGCGUAUGAAUUUAUUCAUUCAGCUA